AUGAUCAUCGUGAAACGGUUACGUGGUGUAGAAGAGUUCUUGUGGGACCACAACCAAAUGUCUGCCAAUAUUCUCUAUAAGAGCUACUUGGUAUUUUGUGCGAUUUGCCUUUCACUUGCUGCUUGGACAGCAGGUCUGGAGCAGGAGCUGCACAACAACAAUUUUGUUGAUAUUCUCGAGCCACUGAUGAGAGCACGUUCAAAAGUGACAAACGGGACGCUAUACCUUAGCGAAGUUAUUUACUCGCUGUAUCCGGAGCAUCCACUUCAUAAUCUGUACAAUAAGACACGAUUGCGAUAUGAUUACGGGACGACUUAUUACAACUACUGCGAGAUGCUCCUGUGUCUGGUACAGGGAAAAGCAGUCUACAUUUUGACAACUCGUGGACAAGUUGUGCAGUUUUUCACACGUCUCUUGCCGUGCCUGCAAAUUCUAUCAACGUGUAUACUGAUGCUCAUUUUUUGUCUCCAGCAAGAUCAGGAUAAACAGAUGAAAUGGAUGAUGUAUUAUGAUAUUCCGUCGUUUUGUAUACUAUUUGUAGCUCAUGGAUUCCUAUACUCCUUCCUGCAGAUUCUCAAAACUAAAACGAAAGUGCAAAUCAUUCUUUUCUGCCUUCGUUCCAUAGAUCUUACUGUGUUCUCAAUAUUAACACCAUCAGUCUACUCUUCCUAUAACUCAUACCUCGAGUUUAAACCCUGCCACACUCACGUGUCAAUCUCAGCCGCUGUAACUGAAUAUACAUGGAUGUGUCUGAUUGCUCUGUUCUACGUGUCACAAAUCAAUGAUUACAAGUGCUUCACGUUGAACCUUACUGUGACCGAAAACGACACAAUACCUCGAGAAGAUCUGUUCAACUACUACCCUGCCUUCAUGACGGCUGCAUUUGACAACGCUCCUUUCGCGAACCUACGGCCGAGGAGACAAUUGCGAUGGCGACCGCCCUCAACUCUUGGCCUUCCCAAGACUUCUCAACGUUGUCUUUCCAAGAAGCGUCUAAUGCUGUAA